AUGGGUAUUGAAAGAGCAGGGGGAGGGCUUAAGAGUUUUCGAAGCGGUUGGAGUGUGCCACCUAAGCUUUGUGAUUCUUGCAAGCUUUCUUCUGCCGCGCUUUUUUGCCAUUCUGAUACCGCGUUUCUAUGUAUCAACUGUGAUUCCAGGAUUCAUUCUGGGAAUAAGCUUUCCACGCGCCAUGAGCGCGUGUGGAUGUGCGAAGUUUGCGAACAAGCACCAGCCUCCGUCACGUGUAAAGCUGACGCCGCUGCUCUCUGCGUCACGUGCGAUUCUGACAUCCACUCAGCGAAUCCACUCUCCCGCCGCCACGAGCGUGUCCCCGUCGAGCCUUUCUUCGACUCUGCCGAAUCCGUCGUGAAAUCCUCCUCCGCCGCUGCCGCCGCUGCCGCUUCCUUCAAUUUCGUUGUACCUACCGACGACGGUUUCAGCCAAGACGAGGCCGAAGCAUCUGCGUGGCUGAUUCCGAAUCCGAAUUUCGGAUCUAAAUUUUCCGAAACUCCAGAUAUCAAAACCAGAGAGAUGUUCUUCUCCGAUAUGGAUCCGUUUCUCGAUUUCGAUUACUCGAACAACUUCCAGAACAAUAAUUGCAACGCGAUAAACGAUAGCGUAGUUCCGGUUCAAAACAAACCUACUCAUGCACCGAUGAUGAAUCUUCACAACUCAGAAGCUUGCUUCGACAUCGAUUUUUGCAGAUCGAAGCUAUCCUCGUUUAACUAUCCAUCACAUUCUAUUAGCCAAAGCGUUUCUUCUUCUUCGCUUGACGUUGGAGUGGUGCCGGACGGGAACGUGGUAUCGGAGUUUUCAUACACUUUCGGCUCGGAAUCAAUGGUGUCAGGUGGUGUGAGUAGCAAUAACCAAGGGGUGCAAGGAGCAACUCAAUUAUGUGGAAUAGAUCGUGAAGCGAGGGUUCUGAGAUACAGAGAGAAGAGGAAGAAUCGUAAAUUUGAAAAAACAAUUCGUUACGCUUCGCGAAAAGCUUAUGCAGAAACCCGGCCUAGAAUCAAAGGCCGGUUCGCGAAACGAACCGAAAUUGACUCGGAUGUAGACCGUCUCUAUAACAACCCUGCAGAUCCUCUCACCGUCCCUGCAUCACUUUUAAUCGACUCCCCCUACGGCGUCGUCCCGACGUUUUAG